GUUAAUUUUGACUUCAAUUUUCUCUAUUAAAGCCUCUGCUUUUUAAUUGGUUGUUGCUAAAAUUAUGUGUGACUAACUUUCUACCUAUAUUUGCAGCAAUGGCUAGGCCAAGAAGGUUCAAGGCUACACCACUUGAUACAGAGAUCACUUCUGCAAAUUCUCAUGAGGUUAGGUGUAAACGCUUUAAGGUUGCACCACCUGAAGCUGGUUCUGCAUCACAAACUUCGUCUAAUGGUAGUGAUCAUGUUAGCAUUCCACCGACACAUGGGCCUGAGUAUGCUUCAUCUGAAUCUGAUUCACCGGACGAUGAUGAUGUCCCUCCUGCUUCUAGUGGGACUACUACAAGCAAGAAGAAGAGCUAUUGGAUUGUCAGUCUUAUUGAUGAGGGUGGUACCAUUACAGAAGGAAGACUGAAGGUGCGAGAUAUUUGGUCACUUCCUACGGGUAAAAGAAUUAUCAUCCCGUGCAAUGAGCUUGGCCAACCAAUAGAUGAUGCAGGUGGUCUCUUGGGUGGCUUCAUGGGAGAUUUAGGCUCUGACUUUUCUAAAUUUCCUAUGUGUUACAAGUCAUGGCGUAAGGUUCCAGUUAACUACAAGAAUAGCAUAUAUGACGACAUUAUACAGGUGCACUAUUAUUAUAUUUUUGUAUUUUUCUAUUGA